GAUCGGUCCACCCAUUCUCUUAUCCACACACACAAAAAAAAUCCACCGGCUUCAUGCAUCACACGCCACGGAUUCACACAGAUUUCAUGACAUCACCCUUUCGGAUCGUCCCCGAUUGACUGCGGAUCGCUUGUGACGUGAUUCAAGAAGCUGAUUGUUGCCAUGCAGGCUGCAUAACCCUGCCCCCCCCACCCCACCUCCUUAAAAUAAAAACACACAUCAGAAGAGUCGAGAUGUCCGACGCUGAUCCCUCGGUGCCGACUGACCCGCCGUUGCCUCUCACUUCUCCUCGCACGCCGCUGCAAACGUCCUUCCCCUUCCUGAGGGAGGGCAGCCGGGUUUGGGAGAGGGACCGGGAGAGGAGGCCUCCUCAACCCGGAGGAGAUCUCCCCAGCCCGCUGCCCACCAAACGCACCCGCACGUAUUCAGCGACAGUACGAGCCAAAUCAGGUCCCGUGUUUAAAGGCGUGUGCAAGAACUUCUCCCGCUCUCAAGGUCAUGGAUUCAUACGACCGGCACACGGAGGAGAAGACAUCUUUGUCCACAUCUCGGACAUCGAGGGCGAGUAUGUGCCCAUGGAAGGAGACCAAGUGACGUACAAGGUGUGCCCCAUCCCACCCAAGAACCAGAAGAUCCAAGCGGUGGAGGUGGUGAUCACGCACCUGAAUCCACGGACCAAGCACGAGACUUGGUCGGGUCAGAUCAUAAGCUCCUAGACUCCAAGACCGCUGGAGUUGGAUUGGGAAGGUCUUGAGGUUGGAUACUAAGGAACUGAAUGUUUUGGCUUGUUGGCUUUCGGUCUGCAAGACAAAAUUGAUGUUUAAAUGAGUUGGUCUUAGUAAAGGAAUGCUAAAGAGCUAAAGUUAUGGGAUGUCAUUUUCAGCACAAUUGCUACAAUUUAGCUAUCUAGAAAUCUAAUUCAUCGUCAUGAAUGAAUAUCCGCAAUAUAGAAUUCAAUGUUAAUAAAUGAAAUAUUUUCCUAAUUAGAGCAUAGAAAACCUGUCCAUGACUGUCUAAAUACAUUUUUUAAAAACAUGAUUAGAGCCCUCUAGACAUAAAAUAACACCCACUUUAGUCACUUUUACACUCCUAUCAUUCACUGUUUUACACCACAUUGCGCAACUGACAUGCUGCAGGGACUCCAGACGGGGCUGGUGAGCUAACCGGUUAGCCUCAAAUGUAUUUCUUCUAAACUUAAAAAGCUAAACAUGUACCACUUCCACACAAAAUGGGAGGAGAACUUUUUUUUCCCACUCUGUCAUGUCGGACAUGACAUUUGAAUAUGUUUUGGCUGAUAAUCUACCACAAAACAUAAAUUGUUUAUUAAUUACUGUAUUUUUCCGGACUUUAAAUCGCUGUAGUAUCGAAGUAUAAGUUGUUCCAGCCAAAAAUGCACAACGAAGAAUAAAAA